ACUUUCUAGGUCUUCUUCUAGUAUUUUCUUACCGUCCGGAGAGACAAGUUGCAGACUUGUCCGAAUUUAGGGUUUCUUUAUUCCUCUUUCUCUGAAUAAUCGAAAUCAUCGAAACCCUACUCUUUGGAUCAGGCAGCAGGAUUGCAGUUUUCCUUCUGAAAUCAUAUAUUUAUUCGUCUCAACAUCCCCGUUCUCUGCCCCUCAUAUCAACUAAGUUUCAUUUUCAUGUCUGAUCUUGACACCCAGCUUCCUACUACCUUCGAUCCGUUUGCUGAUGCGAAUGCUGAGGACUCAGGUGCCGGAUCAAAGGAGUACGUACACAUCCGUGUUCAGCAGCGGAAUGGUAGGAAAAGCUUGACAACCGUGCAGGGGCUGAAGAAAGAGUACAGCUACAGCAAGAUUCUUAAGGACCUUAAGAAAGAAUUUUGCUGCAACGGCACCGUGGUUCAGGAUCCUGAACUGGGACAGGUUAUCCAGCUUCAAGGUGAUCAGCGGAAGAACGUCUCCACGUUCCUUGUUCAGGCUGGGCUGGUGAAGAAGGAUAACAUAAAGAUCCAUGGUUUCUGAGCUCUGCUAUCACUGCAUAAGUUGCUGUACUCAGUGGAACAUCACCCUUAAACCCUCUUUUGUCUCCCUUUUGCUUCUGUAAUAUGAAAUUGCCGAGUAACCUCCCUUAAGGCAGACCUCUUUUCUGUGAUCUUUUUUGGAUAUACUGUCGUCUUGAUGAUUUGAAGUGUUUACAAAUUUCGGAAGAUUGAAUCCAAAACCGGAAUGGAGCGGGUA